ACAAUACAAACAAGUAACAGCAAUCUGUUAGAAAGAUCUCAAAUUCCCAAUUCUUCAGAAACCCUCCGCUGAGACAGGUCGCCGCUAUUCCGUCAUCCAACACCGUCCGCAACAUCUCCGAAAUGGUGAUUCCUCCGCCAAUUAGACCAGACAGAGUGACGAAGUAUCUCAAACCGUAUGUGCUGAGGAUGCACUUCACAAACAAGUAUGUAAACGCUCAUGUAGUUCACACACCAACUGCAACAGUGGCUACUUCAGCAAGCACACAAGAGAAAGGCUUAAGGCUUGCCAUGGUAGAAGCAAAAGAAAAUACUAGAGAUGUUGCUGCAGCUGCAAAAAUAGGUAAGUUAUUGGGAGAGCGCUUGCAUGCUAAAGGUAUUCCUGCCAUAUCUGUUUUCUUUAAGAGAGAGCAAAGAUACCACGGAAAGGUAAAAGCAGUUAUUGAUUCAGUGAAAGAAGCAGGCAUAGAAUUGGUUUGAUUUGGAGUGCACGACCAUUUUCUCGUUUCAUGGCCUGCCGGAUUUCCUCCACAAGGCAACGGAUUUAUAUGUCUUUUGGCUUUGCAAAACCAUUUUCCAGUUAAAUGCUAUUUGGACAAUUUCUCGUCUCGCUUGCAACUGGAGCAAUUUGUGGUUUGCAAUGUAUAAGAUGUCACAUUUGGCAUUUCCUGUGUUCUGAAUCUUAUUCCAAGAACAUGGUCAGCCUCCUUGUCCUCCUCCCCCACCAUCCUACAUCCGUCACAUGACUAUUCACCAGUCUAACCUCUCUAUAACAACAUCGUCAUAUAGCAGUCAUUUACUAUAAAAGCCAAGCUUUCUCUGUAACUAAUUUUCAUGAUAUGUUAAAAUAUAUGUUCUAUA